CGCCCCCUCCCCCCCCCCCUCGGCGCCCCGCUCCUCCCUGCUCUGUUCCCGCCCCCCCCCCUCUCCCCUCCCUGUGUAUCAACCUCCCUGUUCGCCUGUCGCGCUCCCCUCCCCCCUUCGAGCGCCAAGAGCACAAUGCGGCAGCCUCGUAACCUCCCGGCCGCUCUGAUGCUGCUGGCCCUGAUCGCGGUCCUGGGCCUGGCUAUGGGUGCCAUGGGCCUGCCGGUCUCGGCGGCCGAUGCCCCCGAGCCGUCGAAGCUCUGCUACUUCGAGGACCCCAACACCAAGGACAUCUACGACCUGCGCCCCCUGCAGCGCACCAGUGCCCCAAACUACAAGGACUUCUCCCUGGACCCCAACCGGGAGUUCCUCUAUGUGCUGAAUCUUUGCGCGCCCGUGGUCGCGGAGACCUUCGAGUCGGCCUACGGCCCGACCAAGUGCCCGCCGGGCGGCGUGCACGCCUGCCAGAUUGACAUGCUCAAUGACAUGGAGGAUGAGGUCUACAGCCUCGGAACCCUCUCCGAGGUGAACAUCCUCGCCCCCGGGCAGCUGGACAUUGUUUUCACCGGCGGCGAUAUGUGCCGCCGCAGCAACAUCCCCCGGAGCAUUUCCAUCCUGGCCGCGUGUGAUGAGAGUGCGGAUGACACCUCGCCGCAGUUCGUCGGCGAGUUUGCCUGUACCUAUUCCUUCAUUUGGGUCACCAAGCAUGCCUGCCCGAUUGUCACCCCCAAGCCCACGACCCCGAUCCCGAACCCGGAGAACUGCUUCAUCGAGGAUCCCGAGCACAACAUCCGCUACGACUUCACGGCUCUCUCCCUGCCCCCGGGCCAGCACUAUGCCAUCAACCUGCCCAAGACCAUCACCGGCGAGGACUCGCGCCUGCUGCUGAACAUUUGCGGCAAUGUCGAGCACCCCAGCCUCCCGGAUGGCACCUCCAAUGCCGGUGUCAUCCACGUGUCCGGCCAGAGCGACCCCGCGUCGGCUCGUCUGCACGCGGUCACCGGCCGCACCUCCCCCUCGAACAUCGUCAUCAACAACUCCGGCCAGAGUCUCUCCUACACCUUUGCCAAUGGUGGCGAUUGCCAGAACUCCGACGGCAAGACCGUCCCCUUCACCACGACCAUCCUCUUCACUUGCAAUGCCUCGCUCUCCGGACGCCUUGGCACGCCGGUCUUCAUGAAGCACAGCGACAAGUGCUCCUUCCUGCUGGCCUGGAACAGCCCCGUUGCCUGUGGGCAGAUGAUUGAGCAGACCUGCAAUGUCAAUGACGGCACCAACAAGGUCGAUCUCUCGGCUUUGACUCUGCCCUCGGACGCCAAGACCAACUAUGCCCCUCUGGUCCUGGCCGAGAACAACAAGCCCAACCACGAGUACCUGAUGAAUGUUUGCGAUGACCUGGUCCCCGCGCAGAACCCCUGCCGUGAGGGUGUCUCCAUCUGCAUGAUCGACAAGUCCUCUCCCGGUCAGGCUGGCCUCUCGCUCGGCAACAGUGGCACCCUGAAGACCCAAGAUGGCAACACGGUCAUGCGCUUCUCCGAUGGCGAUGCCUGCCCGGGCUCGAGCCACACCAACCCCAACGGCGCCUUGCGCAUUUCCUCCGAUGUGCAUUACCUGUGCGACCCGACCGCCGGCGUCGGUAUCCCCCGUUUGAUGUCCAUUCGCGAGGAGCAGUGCCACUACCUGUUCACUUGGAAGACCGCGGCCGCCUGCGAGAAGGCGAUCAUUCCUCCCCCGGCCUCCGGCGGUCUUUCGGGCGGCGUCAUCGCCAUCAUUGUCAUGCUGUCCCUUGUGUCGGUCUAUGUCAUCGGUGGCAUCGUGUACAACCGCUUCUUCAUGAACAAGAGCGGCCUCGAGCAGAUCCCCCACUGGGAGUAUCUGGAGGCUGGCUACUACUCGGCCAAGCACAUUUUCACCGGCAACCGGGCCCCGAGCGGUUCGAUCCAGAUCUAAUGUGCUCGCGGAUGAUGAUGCACACAUCGCCCGGCUGGCAUUCGGGAAGCACACUCACAUCCAUUUCUCCCUGACAUUGCGCAUCCGCCCGGCCACCGUGUCCCCCCCUUUGCCUCUUGUACAUUUGCCAUCUUUCAAACAUCCCCCGCCGCGCCGGGCGCAGGUGCGCGCGCGCGCCUUGAGCAUCCCUCCUCCCUCCCGAAGAAUAUAGCCAUCUACUCAAGAAAAA